GACCAUAUAUACUCCAUGAAGUGCCUAGAAUUGGAAAGAACAGGCAGAAAAAAAAAUGGCACAAAGUUUUUGCACUUCCGUUCCACCACCAACCUCCAUCUCCAAAUUCAUCUCAGACCAACCUUACCUUUCCAUGUUAGAAACAAAAUGCACCAACAUGAGAGACCUCAAGCUAAUCCAUGCCCAACUCAUCAAAAAUGGUGUAGCCAAGGACACCAUCGCCGCCAGCCGUGUCCUGGCCUUCACCGCCGGCAACCCAUCUGGUGAUUUGAACUACGCGUACUUGGUCUUCACGCAAAUUCGAAACCCAAACCUCUUCACUUGGAACACCAUCAUCAGAGGCUUCUCUAAAAGCUCUACUCCACAAGUUGCAGUCUCUCUGUUUAUUGACAUGUUGGUUAGUUCCCCAGUUGAACCAGAAAGACUCACUUACCCUGCACUCUUUAAGGCCUAUUCUCAAAUGGGUCUGGCCUGUGAUGGAGCUCAACUUCAUGGCAGAGUCAUCAAACAGGGCCUCCAAUCCGAUCCCUUUACGCGAAAUUCGAUCAUAAGUAUGUAUUCGAAUUGUGGGUUUUUGUUUGAAGCCCUGAAAUUGUUUGAUGCAGGUGGUGAUUUGGAUGUGGUCGCGUGGAAUUCGAUGAUAAUGGGUUUUGCUAAAAAUGGGGAAAUUGAGUAUGCAAAGAGACUUUUUGAUGAAAUGCCUAAUAGAAGUGCUAUUUCAUGGAAUAGUAUGAUUAGUGGGUAUGUUAGGAAUGGCAAGUUGGUUGAGGCAUUAGACCUCUUCAGCCAAAUGCAAGUGGAGAAUGUUAAACCAAGUGAGUUCACAAUGGUGAGCCUUUUGAAUGCUUCGGCUCGCUUAGGAGCACUUAGUCAAGGGGAAUGGAUUCAUGAUUAUAUACGGAACAACGGUUUCGAGUUGAAUGUUAUUGUUGUCACUGCAAUUAUAGACAUGUACUGCAAGUGUGGGAAUAUCGAGAAAGGUCUUCAAAUGUUUUUGACAGCCCCAGUGAGAGGAUUGUCAUGUUGGAACUCUAUAAUUUCAGGGUUAGCCACAAAUGGGUUUGGGGAGGAAGCGCUAAAGUUUUUCUCAAGGCUAGAGUCAUCCGAAUAUGAACCAGAUUCUAUAAGUUUUAUCGGUGUUUUAACUGCUUGUAAUCACUCGGGUUUGGUUGAUAAGGCAAGAGAAUAUUUCACCUUGAUGACAGAAACAUACAAGAUUGAACCAUCAUUCAAACACUAUGGGUGUUUGGUUGAUGCAUUGGGUCGGGCAGGAUUGCUCGAAGAAGCACAAGAGGUUAUAAGAAGUAUGCCUAUGGACCCAGAUGCUGUUAUGUGGGGGACUUUACUUUCAGCUUGUUGGAGGCAUGAAAAUAUUGAGAUAGGCCAAUGGGUGGCGAAGAAGAUAAUAGAGUUGGAUCCAAGCGAGAGUUGCAGCCAUGUGCUUAUGGCAAAUGCGUAUGCAGCAUCCGGUCAUUUUGAGGAAGCGAUACAGGAGAGAGUUUUGAUGAAGGAGAAGCAAGUCGAGAAGCAACCGGGAUGUAGCUCCAUUGAAGUAAAUGGAGUGGUUCAUGAGUUUGUAGCUGGGGGAAGGUUGCAUCCUCAAGUCCAAAACAUCUAUGAUCUAUCAAAUGACUUAAGCUUAAUGUUACGAGAUGAAGGACAACCUGUUCUAGAUUCAGAUUCAGUAACAAAUUCUUUAUAUACAUAAUUUUAACCCAGAAUACGAAUCGAUUAGUAGGGGUCGAA